AUGAUGGUGGGUGUACAGAUAGGAUUAACCGGAGUUAAUGUUUUUUACAAACUAGCCGCGAACCGUGGUUUGAGCUUGAAGGUUUUGGUGGCUUACCGCUUCAUGUUUGCUGCGCUUACUGUUCUUCCUCUUGCUCUGAUCCUCGAAAGGCAAAAAAGGCCAAAGUUGACUUGGAAGAUUGUCUUCCAAGCAUUUCUCAUUGCUUUAUUUGGGGGAUCAAUGGCCCAAAAUCUAUAUGCAGAGAGCUUAGCGUUAACCUCAGCCACAUUCGCUGCAGCUAUUUCCAAUCUCGUUCCCGCCAUAACAUUCAUCCUCGCGAUACUCUUCAGGCUGGAGAAAUUGGGGUUGAACACGAAGGCAGGCAAAGCGAAAGUAGUGGGAACGUUCAUGGGCAUAGGAGGGGCAAUGCUUCUGACUUUUUACAAGGGGUGCGAAAUUAAUAUAUGGUCCAUCCAUUUAGACCUUCUGGAAAAUAACAAACAUCGAGUUGGACACGUGACAGCAUCUCACAAAACGCCCAUCAAUCAAAUAUUGGGUCCUUUGUUAGCACUUGCUAGUUGUGUGACUGUUGCAUUUUCUUUGAUUGUUCAGGCCAAAAUGAGUAAGGUAUAUCCUUGUCACUAUUCUAGUACUGCUCUCGUAUCAGUAAUGGGGACUAUGCAAGCUUUUAUAUAUGCUCUUUCAAUGGAAAGAGAUUGGAACCAAUGGAAGUUGGGCUGGAAUCUCAGACUUUUCAGUGCAGCUUACAUGGGAAUUGUGGCUUCAGGACUAAUGUGGGUAUGCCUCAUGUGCUGCGUUCAGAUGAGAGGCCCACUCUUUGUGUCCAUUUUUAAUCCUCUGUUGCUCGUACUCGUUGCGCUUGCUGGAUCUUUACUCCUUAACGAGAAAUUACACUUGGGAAGCGUGAUAGGAGCUGCGAUAAUAGUGUUAGGGUUAUAUGCAGUGAUAUGGGGGAAAAGCAAAGAAAUGAAAAAGAGUAGUCAACUUGUGCCAAAAAAGUGCUUUAAAGAGGCAGAUCAAACGGACAACAUUGCAUCAGAAAGCAUCAGGAGUAUAAACAUUGAUCAUAGUAGCAACAUAAUGGCUAUUGCUCCAAGUUUUCUUCCACAAACAGAAAUAGAAACAGUCGAUGACGAAGAAGUUGAUAUAGAGUCUAGUGUUCCCAAUCCAAAAAUAUGA